UGCCUCCCUCUCAUUCCUAAAAAAUACAUCGCACAAAAAUGGCUCGCCGGGUGCUCCACCACAACUCAAGUAAUCAUCAUCCCAACAAUGUCACCUCCCCAUUGUUGUCGCUCUCUCUCGCCCUUCUGUGCCUUCUCUCGGCUCCGGCGGCAUCGGCCCAGCUCACCCGAACCCACUACGCCGGCGUGUGCCCGAACGUGGAGGGCAUCGUGCGAGGUGCGGUCCAGAAGAAGAUCCAGCAGACAUUCGUCACCAUCCCGGCCACCAUCCGCCUCUUCUUCCACGACUGCUUCGUCCAGGGCUGCGACGCCUCGGUGAUGGUGGCGUCGGCGGGGAGCAACAGGGCCGAGAAGGACCACCCGGACAACCUGUCGCUCGCCGGCGACGGGUUCGACACCGUGAUCAAGGCCAAGCAGGCCGUCGAUGCGGUCGCCGGGUGCCGGAACAAGGUCUCCUGCGCUGACAUCCUCGCCUUGGCCACCAGAGACGUCAUUGCCCUGCAGUCCGGCGGGCCAUCGUACCCGGUUGAAUUGGGAAGGCUGGACGGGCUGAGGUCGACAGCUGGGAGCGUGAACGGGAGGCUGCCGCAGCCCAAUUUCAGCCUGGCCCAACUCAAUUCCCUCUUCGCCGCCAACGGCUUGUCCCAGUCCGAUAUGAUCGCUCUCUCCGCUGCCCAUAGUGUCGGGUUUUCUCAUUGUGGCAAGUUCGCGAACCGGAUCUACAACUUCAGCCGGGGAAACCCGGUGGACCCAACCCUUAACCGAGCCUACGCGACCCAGCUACAGCAGAUGUGCCCUCGAAACGUUGACCCAAGGAUAGCCAUCAACAUGGACCCAAUCACGCCCAAUACUUUCGACAACACCUACUUCAAGAAUCUCCAGCAAGGCAAGGGCCUGUUUACAUCGGACCAAAUUCUCUACACGGACCUCAAGUCCAGGCCCACUGUCGAUGCAUGGGCCGGAAACUCGGUUGCUUUCCAGCAGGCAUUCAUUACUGCCAUCACAAAGCUGGGUCGGGUUGGAGUCAAGACGGGUCGUGGUGGGAAUAUCCGGACGGAUUGUGGUGUUCUGGGUCGAUAAUAAUGUGAAAAGUUGGAUAAUGACACCAAACGUCUUGUUGUUUCUUUUCCUUUUUUUCUUCUUACUAUGGCGAAGAGAAUUUAUUUUAGGCACACAAGUGGAUUACAUUACAGCACAAAUCAAAACUACCUUUGUAUGUUGACCCAAAAAAAAAAAAAAUCUACCUUUGUAUGAGUUUGAUUUUU